ACCUGUACAACCCAUCACUUUUGCCACCCCUACAUAAAAUUAACAAAAUACCUUUUUAAUUAACAUACAUUUUAGAUGGAGUCACUGCUAGGAGCAGAUAGAAAAUGAUACUUUUUAAACCAUUGAGUAAAAACGUUAAAAGUAUCAAACCUCAUGGAACAAAAAUGAAGUUUACUCAAAUUCAAUUAGGGCAUCCCCAUUUGAGUCUCCAUCGAAACCAUUCAUCUUCUCAAAAUUUAGGGUAAAUAAAUCCCCAUCUCCAUUCUCUAUCCCCAAAUUGGUAUUCGAAAUUGGUAUUCUUCUCAUCUCCCUCCUCACAAAAUUCCUAUUCUCCCUCCAUAAUCUAAACCCUGAAGAUCAAGAACCACGAUCAAGAAGAUAUGCAUUCACAAGACCAAAACCUUGAUGGUUCUCCACCCUUGCUCACCAACAAUCCAACAAGCGUUAAGAAAUCAACGAGGGGUGUGAACUUCAGCCCCGAAGAAGACAAGUUACUUGUCUCUGCAUGGCUAAGUUGCGAUAUUGACGCCAUUCAAGGAACGGAUCAGAAACACACUCAACUUUGGGAAAAAAUCUACGAGUACUUUCAACAACAUAAAGAAACUGCAACCGAACGGUCAAUCAAGUCCUUAACAAAUCGAUGGUCGUGUAUUCAAAAGGCCACGAAUGCAUUUUGUUCGACACUAGCUCAAGUUGAAGGAUUGAAUAAAAGUGGCAUGACUACACAAGAUAAGAUUGAUAAGGCGAAUAUUAUGUACGAAUCACAAGAAAAAUGCCGGUUCCAGUUUCGGCAUUGUUGGCGAUUAUUAAAAGACCAACCGAAGUGGAUUUCGCGCGAUGUAAAGCAAAGGAAAAUGAUGUUCCAAUCCCCAACUCCGACACUAAACCCAACCCCGAUACAAUGUUCGGGCCCAAUAGAUGAUUCAGUUUUCGAUCUCGAAACGGGUAAUGUGAUCGAGAACGACGUUAUCGAAUUGGACCGACCCACGAGCAGAAAAUCCGAAGAAGGAAAACGAAAGGUGCACGACACGCAAGCAGAGGAAAUUAUCCGACUCAAAAAGAUGAAAUAUACGCUUUUAGAGGAGUCACGCGCUCAAGAGGAUAAAAUCUAUCGCUAUAAAGCCGAGAAGAUGGAGUAUGACAAGGAGAAAGAAGAAAAAAAGUUACGUCUUGAAGAAGAAAGGUUGAGGUUAGAGGCCGAGAAAAUCCGUCAAGAAGAUGAAAGGUUGAGGCUCGAGGCCGAGAGAAUUCGUCAAGAAGACGAAAGAUUGAGGAUCGAGGCAGAGAAAACGGAGAUUGAAAAGAGAGAAGCGGAUCAGCGAAUUAUGAUGAUGGAUGUGAGUGUCAUGCCGGAAAUGCAACGGCUAUAUUUCGAGGAACUUCGGAGGGAAAUCAUGUUGAGACGUCGACAAACUUGAAACGAUCAACUUUGAAGCCCGAAAACUAAACUAGUACAUACAUAUGAUUAUAUGAAUGUUCAGUCUACUUGAUGCUAACCUCAUACUUUUGUGCUUUUGUUGGAGGGGGUGCUAAUACUUGUUUUGGUUGCUUAGUUUAGCAAGCACUCUAUUUUGUGUUAGUUGAAUUUUAACUCUUAUAUAACUAUUAGCAAAAUUGUAGUAAUUUUCAUCUUAUUUCCUCA